GUAUUGUGGUGAUUUAGUGGUAUGACCUGUUUUGAACUCCCCGCUUCUGCUUUAGGCUAAGCUUCUCACAGCAACAUUAGGAAGCGUCUGUCUUUCUCUCGCCAUUUUUCACUCUUCAGUUCGUCAGUCAUUCAGUUGUUGUAUUGACAAACAAGAAAACUUUGAAGAACACAACUUGGAGCUUCUAUAAGAAGCCCACAGAAGUUUGAAAACAACACACCAACAACCACAGAUCAACUGAGGGACUCGACUAGACAGCCUCACACAUGAGAUGGCCACCUGGUGGUUGACAUCUAGAAUUGCUGCUAUGGUCAGCAUCCUGAUAUCCCUGCCAUCCCACGUUGCCAUGGACACCAGCUGUAAUGCAUUCCGUGGGUAUCCUGGCGUGCCAGGGGUACCAGGACGACACGGAGCCGAUGGGAAGGAUGGACCCAAAGGAGAGAGGGGAGAUCCAGGUGAGUCUGGUUGGGGAGGUAUGGGUCUGAAGGGAGAGCAAGGGGAGGUUGGUCCCCCAGGACGUUCAGGGCUUCAGGGGGACCCUGGCCGGCCUGGACCCCAAGGGCCCCCUGGCAAACCUGGGUUGAAAGGCAGUCCAUCCUCAGUAGUCGGCAGUACUGUCACCUCCUAUUUCUCCUACAAGAGGAACACUGUUCAGCCACCUUCCAAGAAUGCGGCCAUGCGUUUUGAUGGACCAAUCUUGUCGGGUCUUAACCAGAGCCUGGAGGGUAAUUCACUGAGGGACGGGGUGUUCACGUGUUCGAUUCCCGGGAUGUACUUUUUCACGUACCAUGUGUCGGCUAAGAACAUGAUCUGUCUUAACAUCAAGAAAGGAGAAGAAACCAUGUUGGGCUUCUGUGAUUCGUCACCUGGCUUCCUGGUGACAUCUGGCUCCAUAGUGAUGGAGCUAUUGGAGGGAGACCAGGUGGCUUUAUACCUCACCGACUACAACAACAUCAUCACUAAAGAAGAACGAGCAGACAACACCUUCACUGGACUUCUGCUCUUCCCCACCUCAUAGAACCACACAGAACUGCAGAGAAAUACAGAGAACCACACAGGACCAAAUACACUAGAGAUAACUACAUAUAAGCACCUCAAACCAGAUUCAACCUGAUAAAAAAAACUAUUCUCUAAAGAAUAUAAUUUAAACAGUUUAUAAUCAGCCUAUAUGGCUGAACAAAAGAACAUCUCUGGAGGACAUGUGAGAAUACAUGGUGCUGUAUUAAAUGAUCAAAAUUCCCUCUUCAUACUAGAUAAUGUAAUCCCAAACAGAAGCAACUGUUUUUAAUAAUGAAACUAUUGUCUAUUAAAUCAUUUUGAAGUAAUCCAGGCUGAUUAGUGAAUUUUUGUAAUUUGACGCAUCCCUCUUCCAUUUAUUUGUUUACGGUCCAACAUGACAUCCUGUUUGACCUGAAUGGGGAUGCAACACUGUUCAGAAAGCUACUGCGGCCCGCAUACAGAAAGUCUGUGUUCAUCCACAUUAGCAGAGCUGCUUGUUGUCAUCUGUCUAACAUUAACAUGCAGGUAUAAGAAUCAGAAACCAGCACUGAUACAAAACACAGUUUAAUAAAGCAGAAGAAAACAAUACA